GUCGAGCGUCUUACUUUAAAAUUAAAAUUAAAGUGUGAAUUUAUCCAAAUUUAAGUGCUUAAACCUGAUAUUUGCCAUAAAAGAUGCAGCUUCUCAUCGAAUAACACGAAAAUAAUUCGCCAAACAUCAAAUUCAAAGAGAAAAUUGAAGUUCAAAAUUGCUUGCAUGGAACUCCGUCACAAAGAAACAUUCUUGGAAAUAAUUUUUGAUUAAAUUAAAAGUAUCCACGCCAAUUUUCAGGUGUGUCAAAAAUUGUCCGCCAUGAUGGAUUUUGAAACACGUGUUCAGGAACUCAACAAAUACGUACCAAUCCUUGAUGGAUUUAUUGCGAAAUUAGAGGAAGAUCCAACAAAGGCAUAUCACAUUCAGUCGAUCAGAAAUGUAAAGUGUCUCAUCACGGAACAGCUACUCACCGAAUCAAACAUCAGUAAAUGCGAAGCUGUUUUACGAAAACUCGAUCAAAUGCACAAAAAGGAGCUUCUUGACCAAGAACUUCAAGAACGCACUGAAAGUCUUAUGACUCGCUACUUACCAUUUCUCGAAAAUUGCAUCCAAAAGUUGGAAAAAUGUGAAGUAUCUGUUAAAACUGCGAGUCAUCUUGCUACUAUUCGAAAACUUAAAGAGUUGUUGGAAGGUAGACGACUAACACACGAUAACAUUGACAUUUGUGAACAAAGUUUACAAAAAUUGGAUGAAAAAGUUGAAAAGAACACGAUCGAUCGUAUUCGUGCUCGAAUCGAAUCUGAAGACGAUGUAAAUUCGGAAAACACUGAAGAGCAUGAUGAUUUGGUCAAAAAAGCCAAAAUUAUACCAUUUGAUGAUAAUGUCUUAAUUGAUAUUACGAAUGGCGAUGAUCGACUUAAUGUUUUAGCAUUUACACAAGACCCGCGAAAGAAGAACAAAGCUUAUAUCGAACGGCGAAACGCUCCCAAUAAGACCUAUUUGUUAGAAAUGAUUGUUCCGUACUCGGAAAAUCGUUUAGCAUUACGUUUCAAUCCCACGAAAAGAGUUGAAAAUAUGCAACAAGAAGUAACAACAACAAUUCAACCUAUGGAUCAUGUCAUGCAAAGACGAUCUUCUGCAUUCGAUAAUGUUUCUUUGACUUUCAUGAACGCCACAAUGUCAUAUUCGACAGUUUCUACUUCCUCCAUGAACGGUACAGUCAAUACGAUGCCACAAAUGGUUCCUCCGCCUCAGGCACAAAACAACAUUUGCGCGAAUAUUGUUCAAAAGCUGUGCGGGGAAUUCAAUGCGUUACAACAACCACCUGCUACAGUCUUGCCCCCAACUUUUGGAAACCCCAUUUCGUAUAAUAACAGUGUUUGGGAUAACGCCCGAAUAGCAAAUAUGCAACAACAACAAAUUCCGAACGCAAUAAUGCCUGAUUCAACAACUCCUAAUUUCAGUAAUUCUGAUCCUCGGUUAAAUCGACAAACGAAAAGUCAAUUGUACGAUCCCAUUACUGCUUUUGAACCUCCAAACUCGAACAAUUUUGAUGAUCAAUACAAAGAUCGCUAUUCGAGAGAUUACGAUCGUGAUCGAAAUUCAAGAGAUCGAGAUCGUAAUGCACGAGAUUUCGAUCGAAAACGUCACGCAUCACGAGAUCGAAGACCUCCAAGUCCUAAAUAUGAUGAUUUUCGCGGAAAUCGCUCAAAAAGUCCUGAAUAUCGUUCAAAUAACAGACACAGAGAUGAUUUUAGAUCAAACAAAAAUUCAUACGAUCGAAAUAGUAAAGAUCGCCGAUCACAUGAAAAAGAUCGUUCGAGAUCGAAAUCUUUUUCACGUGAUACGCAACGAUCUAAAACCCCGGAUGACGACGAAGAAUGUUGGGAUAAUUUAGUUCCUCCGCUUUCUUCUGACACGUCAAGUUUAGCGUCGGAAAGAUCGAGCGUAUCUACAAAUGUAUCAAGAGAUCUGCCAAAAUACGAUCGAAAUCGCGAUAGUCGAUCUUCUUCGACGCAAAUUUCAGACAGAGAUUAUCACGCGAAACGCAAUGAGUUCCAUCGAGACAGCAGAGACUCACGUUCAACAAGAGACAGUCGUUCUUCAUCAGUUCAAUUGUCAGAAAAUUCAAGAAAUGACGAAAAAACGCAAAAGAAACAAGAAUCUGAUGAUGAGGAAAAUUGGGAUGAUUUGGUAGCUCCGCUUCCGAGAAAGAGCUCCGAAUCAGUAGAAGCGAUAAAACCUCCGAAUGAACCUGAAAAGUCAAAUUCUGAAAAAUCCUGUUCCUUAGUUGACUACAAAUCCAGUACGGAGUCUGAAAAGUCAAACAAACCAACUCCGAUUAAUCCGAAAACAAGCGUAAGUUUGAAAAAUUCUGAAGCUAAAAAACCACUUGAGUCAAAAAAUAAAGAUUCGAGCUCUCAUAGAACAAGAAGUCCUUCAAAAGAUUCAAAAAUAUCAAAAGAAGGUCCAAAAAGAAUUCUUUAUAUGGCCAGAAAAUCUAUGGAUAACUUGAAAACUGUUCAAAAACCCGACCAAUCGAACAAAAUUUCAACAAAUCGAUUGUCAAGCGAUUCAAUCAAAAGUACCGCGAGUACAUCUAGUUUCAAAAUUCCCAAAAUUUCGGAUCGUAUUUCUCAUGAUGGUUCAGUUAAGAAGAAAAAACAAGAAAAACCUGUCGAAGAACCUCCCAAAGGUUCGUUAAAGCAGAAAGAUUUUGCAGCUGAAUUGAGUAAAUUAGACGAGCCGCGACAAAAACCGAAGAAGGAAGAAAAACGAAAACAAGAGGAAAAAUCAAAACAAGAAGAAAAAACGAAAAAAGAUUCCGAAGUCGACAAAGAUUCUCUACUCGAACAACUGUCAAAAGUUUACGGAGCGGAAAAAUUGGAUAAAAUCAAGGCAAUUUUAGAAGCAGAGGAAAAAAGCAAAACCGAAAAGAAUAAAAAGAAGAAACGCGUUCGAACUUUAUCCUCUGAUGACGAGGAAGAAGAAGAAGAAUCCAACAAAAAACGACCCAAAGUUGAUAAAAUUAAAACUGAACCUCCUGAACUUGAUGAAUAUCAACCAGAAUCUGCUCAACCAUCAAAGAAGAAAGAAAGAAGUUCAAAAUCCAUUUCAGAGUCUCAUUCUCAACCGAAGAAGAAAUCAUCAACAUCCUCAGAAAUUGAUCCUGCAACGAAAAAAAUUAAAAAGGAACCAAUCGACGAACCUGUUGAAAAAGAGAAAAAUCAUCAAAAAUUCAAAUUAAUUGAAAUUUCUCCGGAAAGAUUCCCUGAACCUUCAAAAUCAUCUGCGAAAAAACCGAAAAAGAAGAGUGAACUUGCGAAAAUUGAAACACCUGUCGAAGAGAAUCGUGUAAAAUAUAUUGAAAUAUCUCCCGAAAGACUACCCGAACCUCCAAAAUCUUCUCCAAAUAAGCCGAAAAAGAAGCGUUUGAGUGAACUUGCCAAAUUAAAUGAAGAUAUCAAUUCGAUGUUUAUACGAGAUGCUGUGCUUCAAGCCACCGGUCGUCGUCAAUUGAAGUCUAAAGAGGCGUUCGAAGAAGAAAUUUACGGAAUAAAAGUUCAAAAAUGCUCUGUUCGACUUACCAGAUGUGAUGCUUUGGUCAAAAAAUAUCAAAAUUCUCCGAAAAUUAUGAAGAAAUCAAAUGCUCGGGUAACCAAACAGAGUCCAAAGAAGCAGAAAAAAGUUACUCAGCCAGUAAAUGAAGCUCAAAGUGACGAAGAUGAAGGAGAUCAUUACGAAUUAAUUGAUGAAAACGUCCGAAAUAUCGAUAAAAAUUACCAUUUCCGAUCUGAACCAAUGAAAUGCUUAAUUUGCACUUUUGAGGGAGUCGAAAUUGUUGAACAUUACCUGAAAAUGCAUCCGAAAAAGGGAGUUUUCAUCUCUCGUUUUCCGCCGGAAAAGGCACAACUUGUAAAAGAUAAUCCAAUUGCGAAAAACACCGAGCCUUUUGACAAAAAUAAGUCUCGCAGCACAAAAUUGACAGCUUCUUGCAGUUUUUGCUUGAAAAAUCUCACACUGGAUCGUCGUAAUUGGAAAAUGCAUUUUAUGAAGCACACCGGAGAAUUUCAAUGCAAAAAUUGUAAAGUAUCGGAUGCACAUCCCGUCGACACAAAAACAUACAUUACGAAAUUUCCGCACGCUGGUUCCUGUAAAGGCACGAAAAUAUUCACAAUUGACGCUAUUCAGUUCCAUGGCGAGGGUCUGGAUGCUUUCAUGUGUCCCGAUUGUCAUUUCGUGCAACUAUUGGAGGGAAAUAUGCGUCAACAUUUCAAAUUCGAACAUGCAAACUCGAAAAAUGUGCAGCCAAUUCGCUUUUUGAUCAUCGGUUUCAGGUUUUUGAAUGACGAACACGAAACUUCCGUUGAUGAUACGACAGAUACUUUGUCAGAAGAGGAGACGGCGGUACCCUUAGAACAUGGAUAUGCUCAAAAUACAACAACAACAAUUGAAAAUACCGAACCUGAAGAAGUUAAUUAUGAAAAAGUCGUCGUCAAAGAAGAACCAUCAACGUCAACGACGAGUCCUUCGAUCAAUAAUGACACCAAAAAUGCCUUUUCUCUCACAAUUAAUCCAAAAAAUCGCAUGAAAGUUUGGUCUCCGAAUCCUUCGGCGAAGUUUCCCGCUAAUAUCGAUCGAAUGCUGAAACCCGAUUGUUUGUAUGCCUUUUACAAGUGCAUGCAUCCAAUGUGUAGUUUCUUCACUUCGACAAAAACUUCGAUGGAAUAUCAUCUGGAGACGCAUGGCUUGGAUCAAAAUCAGGCAAUCGAGUGUUGUUACUGCGAUGAUUUUCGUAACGGAAUGCCAUCUUAUUUCGCGCAUAUGGAAACACAACAUCUCUCUAACAUCUACCAGUGUGCAUAUUGCUUCUAUCGAUCAGUGGCUGCCUUCAACGUUUUCAUCCACGAAUCGCACUAUCAUCGAGAAGAACCGAAAAAAAUCCUCAUUUGUGCGGGAACGCCGCAAGUUCUUCAAGGACAAUUGGAUAACAUUUACGUGAAUCGAACGAAAUAUGUUCCGCAACUAAAAUGUUCAGUUUGCUUAUAUAGUACUUACAUCCAAGACGAUUUCAUGAAACAUCUGAGAAGUCAUCCGGAUCCCGAUAUUAAAUGUCAAUCCUGCACGACAAUGGUCCCAAAAGGGUUCAUGUUGAAACAUUUGCUUACCCAUCGCAUUGGCUUGUACGAAUGCAAUUACUGUUUUUAUGGCACAAUGAGUCUCGAUAGUAUCCGUCUUCACAUGUCAACAGUACAUCCGACGAAAUUAUUGUAUGUUACAGCGCGAUUGAAACGAAAUUCAUCAUUGAAGACUUUGGAUAUUACGAAGCUCGCAUCAACAGUUUUAGCGCACAUUGGAGAAAACGUCGACCCAGCCGUAAUCGUAACUCAAGAAAAUAGUCUCGUUUCGCAGCCAAAAGUUGUUCCCGAAGUAACAAACGUACCGAAAAUCAGCUCAAUUGUCUCCUUUGGCGAAGCAAAAAUGUCCUCAAACACGAUAAAAGUUGUGAAUCCCGUCAAACUCGGUGUCCAAAAGCCAUCAAAAACGUUACAAAUCUCCCCGAAUGCGAAACUAAUUCUCACAAAUGCCGCUACUUACAAGCCCGGCACAAAAGUAAUCUUUAAACAAGUCGCUGCAAAACCCAUUUCGCCUACAGUUAAAGUCAUCAAUAUGGCAGAUGGGAAAUUUGUGCGAUUGGAUGGAGCGUCGCUGAAACCAAUGACGUCGUUACUUAAGCCGCCUUCGAGACCAAAUAUUAGCGUUAUGCCGUCAACAAGUGUCGUCGAAGAAGAUUUCGAUAUUAGCACGAUUCAAGAAAUCAAGGAAGAAGUCAAUUUGGGAGCUACUUUGCUGGAUGACGAUGAGUUAAUGUAAAAAUAUUACUUUUAAGGUUGUAAAAAAAAUGUUAAAAUAUUAUAGAAAGGUGAUAACGAUUUUGUUUUUUGUUGUUGAUAAAUAUCGCAAAAUGGCUUCUUAUGAGAAGAAUGUUGAUAAAUUAGAGACAUGUA